AUGUCUUCGACACAUUCCCGCAAUGGGUCGGACGACACGACUGCCACGUCAAUGUCCUACAUUCUCGAGCACGUAUUACAGUACCCAGCCAGCUACGAGAUCCCAUUACGGACCAUGUACACACUCAACUGCGUACCGCGAGCCCAGCCUCUCCCCAAGGAUCUUUCACGCGCGCCAACACCCACCAGCAGCUCUGGCGACUCUUCGCCAGUUGAUGGGAGCUUGGCUUGGACUGGCGCCGAGUCUGCCAGUGUCAGCUUCACGUCGCAGCUCAUGACCCACCUCAACUCGCUGCCCACACAACCUAGCUCGUUACCGCCAACCUUCAUCGUCAACUUUGUUGGCCGGUGCUUCCACGCCUCCCUUGCGCUCGUCGACUUCCCUCAAGCACUAACAUCUCUCGACUACCUGCGGGACUUGGAGAACAGGAGGCGCAGGGAAAUGGUCGCCGCCUUCGAGAGAGUCCACAUUCACGCAGACACAUAUGAGUCCGACAUCGAGAACAUGGCUGAGCGAUUCCCGGGCAUCGCUCUUUGGGUCCGAAACGUAGAAGGCAAAAACAAGAAGGCUGAGGGUUACUACGCUCAGCUGUACCUUGGACUGCGACGAUGGAUCAUGAUCAACGAGCUGUCAAUACAGCCUUUCAACAAGCUCAACUGCGUGGGCAUGCUUAACACCCUGUUGCCUCCUAUGCAAUCGUCAGCAAAACUUCAGUCGCCCAUGUUGAGCCAUGAGAUGCUGAAAGAUGAGCGAGACGCGUUCUUCGACUACAUUCGCGAAGUGCAGAAGAAAGGCCCUUCCGUCCUUGAGCAGGUUGUCAACUUGCACAAAGCCGGAGAUGAGGAGACCGGUUGGCCAGCUGUACAGAGGUCAGUCGACAAGUACCUGAGAGUAGCCAAGAACAUGAUCGACGAUUGCUUGGCCACGACAGGUCCGGAGUCAUUCCGGGGCUAUGCGGAAGAACCCAGGAAAGGCAAGAAGACUGACUCUGGUGUGAGCUUCGGAUCAGAACGUCGACCAAGCGUCAACUCGAGCUUGCACGAGACGCCAAUGCCCGAGCCGCCAACCAUCUAUGCACCUGCUCCCAAGGGUCUCAGCACAAUUGAGAGGAUAACCCGCGAGUUCAAGCGCAUGCGAGUCAAGCCGAGGCCAGAAGUAGACGAAAUCAUCCAAAUCAACCAGGAUACCACUGCCGAUCACCAACCCCAAUCUUCCGACAACAAGGUCAAAGCACUCAAGAAAGCCCGAUCAUUAGCCAGCCUGCGUCUACGCGGCAACGGCAGUUCGGUAUCUUUAGUAAGCCGAAAAGGCAGCGAUGUCGCUGCCUUCAACCCCAAAGAAAUGAAGAAGCACCGUCAGAUGUACGACGCUUCGAUCAACAAGAGCGGGUGA